AUGUCGCACAUCGGUACUGUCAAGUCGAUCCCCAAGGAGCACCGGUAUGCCUUCCUUAACAUGAAGGCGCCGGCGUCUUACGUCGCGGGUCUUGGCCGUGGCGCAUCUGGUUUUACCACGCGAUCCGAUAUUGGUCCUGCGCGCGAAGGGCCUAGUGAGGAGACGGUGCGCGAUGCCAUGGCCAAGCGUGGCGAGGAGAUUCCCGACCCGGACCAGUUCCAGGACCCGGAGAACGAGCGCAACCUCUUCGCGGGCACGGUUUACGAGGCCGAUGACGAGGAGGCGGACCGGAUUUACGACUCGGUCGACAAUCGUAUGGACCAGCGGCGCAAGCGGAGGCGAGAGGCCAUGGAAGCCGAGAUUGCCGCAAAGGAGCGCGCCAAUAACCCCAAACUGCAGACGCAGUUUGCCGACUUGAAGCGCGGCCUGUCAGAGCUCAACGAUAGUGACUGGGCCGCCAUCCCCGACGCUGGAAACAUGACCGGCAAGAGGCGGAAGCACAACCUUCGCCUCGAGGAGAACCAGAAUGGGCGGAUGUACGCCGUGUCGGACUCGGUUAUCGCUGGCCAGGUCGCGAAGAACGAGAUGGUCGGCGAUCUCGGCGAACAGGAGGGUAGCCAGACGCCAGCGACCGAUGGGACCAUGACAGACUUUGUGUCGAUCGGUAAUGCGCGUGACAAGGUUCUGUCGCUAAAGCUCGACCAGGCGUCAUCAGACGCGACUGGCGGUACGUCGACUAGCGUCGACCCGCGCGGGUACAUGACUGCGCUCAACAGCCAGGUCUUGCAGACGGACGCGCAGAUUGGCGACAUCAAACAGGCACGCCAGCUGCUGCAGAAAUUAAUCCAAAGCAAUCCCAACAAGCCCGAGGGCUGGAUCGCCGCCGCGAAUUUAGAAGUGCACGCCAAGAAGAUGGUGGCGGCGCGCAAGAUCAUUGCCGAAGGCUGCGAGAAAUGCCCGAACAACGAGGACGUGUGGUUCCAUGCCGCCGAGCUCAACACGCCUGAUAACUCGAAGCGUAUCCUGGCGCGCGCUGUUGCCCAUGUGCCCACUUCGGUCAAGAUCUGGCUCAAGGCCGCGUCCCUUGAGGCCGACAACAACGCCAAGCGCCGAGUGCUCCGCAAGGCGCUCGAGUUCAUUCCCAACUCGGUCCGGCUGUGGAAGGAGGUCGUCAACCUCGAGGACGACCAUGAGGAUGCGCGUAUCCUCCUCACGAGGGCUGUUGAGGUCAUUCCCACGUCAGUCGAGCUGUGGCUCACCCUCGCGCGCCUCGAGACUCCAGCCAAGGCCAAGCAGGUCCUCAACUCGGCCCGUCAGAAGAUCCCCACCUCGCAUGAGAUCUGGAUCGCUGCCAGCCGUGUCGCCGAGCAGACACCAUCUGCGGUUGCGGGUGUCAAGACAGAGGAGGACGACUCCGAGGCACGCAAAAAGCUGUCAUCGCAGGUCGACCGCCUUAUGAAGACCGCUGUUUCGUCGCUUACCAAGCACCAGGCAGUCCUCACCCGAGAGCAGUGGCUCCAGGAGGCCGAAAAGUGCGAGCAGGACGGCAGUCCACUCACCGCACAGGCUAUCAUCAAGGCCACCAUCCACAUCGACGUUGAGGAGGAGGACCGCCAGAAGGUGUGGCUCGAGGACGCCGAGAAUGCCAAUAAAUAUGGGUUCCACGAGGUUGCACGCGCAAUCUUCGUCGUGCUCAUCGAGAACUUUCCCAACGAGUGGAGGGUGUGGCGCCAAGCUGCCGAGUUUGAGAAGGCUCAUGGCUCGCCGCAGGCCGUCCAGGACAUUCUCAUGCAGGGUGCGGAGCACUGUCCGCAUGCCGAGGUACUCUGGUUGAUGGCCGCCAAGGAGAAGUGGGUUGGUGGGGACGUUGUUGGUGCCCAGAAGAUUCUCAGCAAGGCUUUCGAGCAGAACGAGAACUCGGAGUCGAUUUUCCUCGCGGCAGCAAAGAUCGCCGCCGAGACCAACGAGACGGACGCGGCACUCCAGAUCCUCGAGAAGGCGCGCUCGCAGGCCGAUACCGAGCGUGUCUGGAUGAAGUCGGCCGUGCUCGAGCGGCAACUCGGCAAGCUCGACGACGCGCUCAAGACUCUACAGGAGGCUAUUGGGAAAUACCCCCAGUUCGACAAACUGCACAUGAUCCGCGGACAGGUGCUCGAGCAGAAGGGCGACAUUCCCGGCGCGCGUGCGGCUUACGCACAAGGCUGCCGUGCUUGCCCCAAGUCGGUACCGCUUUGGAUCCUGGCCGCUCGCCUCGAGGAGAAGGCUGGCGUUGUCAUCAAGGCGCGUUCGCUGUUAGAGAAGGCGCGCUUGCACAACCCGAAGAACGACCAGCUGUGGGCCGAGAGCAUCAAGAUGGAGGAGCGCGCGGGAAGCGCACAGCAGGCCAAGGCUGUGAUGUCCCGCGCCAUGCAGGAGUGCCCUGCCUCACCGAUCCUCUGGGCAAUGGCUAUCUUCAUGGAGAACCCACAGCAGCGCAAGGGUCGUUCGGUGGACGCGCUCAAGAAGACUGGCGAGCAUCCGGCGGUCAUCAUCGCCGUCGCGCGCCUGUUCUGGCUCGAACGCAAGGUCGAAAAGACACGGACGUGGAUGCGCAACGCUAUCACGGCAGACAAGGACUGGGGAGAUGCAUGGGGCUGGUGGCUCAAGUUUGAGCGCGAAUACGGUGAGCCGGAGCGACAGGAAGCCGUCUUGCGGGACGCAGAGGCCGCUGCGCCAACGCACGGCCCGGUGUGGCAGGCAACGGCCAAGGACCUGGCCAACGUCGGCCUGUCGACGCGCGAGAUCCUCGAGCUUGUCGCUAACAAGGUCGAGUAG